UUUCCCGCGCUGGCCCCAAACCCUGCCCCGUCACCCCGGCCCUUUAACAGCCUUCACCGGGGCCUUAUUUCACCUCCCCGCGGCAAGGCAGUCAUGGAGAAUCGCAAGUGUCUUAGAGUCCUGCAGCCCAACGUCCAGAGUCAGUCUUGCCUCCUGGUAUCUACAAAUGGUAGCCUCUCCUUGAACACACAGAAUAGAGGGAAGAAAAGGAAGAAUGACGAGAACUUGGGGUCUGCAAAAAGCAAAAGAAAGGAUGGAAUCUACACAGACGCACACACAGUCCCUAAGAAACCAACCAAAAAUGUGUCGGCUGCCACUCAGACGGACUCACUGGCCAGCACCUCAGCGGCAGCACCCAGCGCCACCACAGCCUCCACCACACCCGCCACCACAGCCUCCACUCAAGAGACCCUGGACAUGCUGACGUGCGAUAGUCCUCCAGCCAAAUACUGGGAGGCCUUGGCAGAGAAGAGGAAAGAAGCUUUGGAGGAAACCUUGGUAGAGAAUAAAGAGCUUCAUGACAAGAACAAAAAACUUGAAAGUGAAAUAUCAGAGCUGAAGGAGGAAAACAAGUUGUUGGAGGAGAUGGUUGAUGAGGCAAAGCAGCUGGCAGCCCUUGUGCAGUCCAUCACAGGAGAAGAGUCCACCUCCUAGGGCCACUUCCCCUCCUGCCGUGCCCGCUCCCCACCAGAACUUUUUAUAUUUUUAGCAAACAUGUCAACACUGCCUUAGACAUAAAUUGCAGAUAAGGUGUAAGUUACCCUCACUUUUUACUACAGAUAUUUACCAAUAAAUUUAUUUUAGUUGACUAUUACGUGCUUGUAAUAUACUUAAGGUAAAAGUUGCCUUAUUAUUUUUUAUCUGGUAGGUUUAAAGUCAAUUAUUUUUGUACACAUUCUUGUAAUAUAUGUUUAAUUAUUUUAAAUGUAUACCUAAA